ACUCAAUACGGAAGAAAAUGUUUAAAAAAAAAAAUACUUCUUGCGGUCAUACGCGUGAGAGCAGUUACGAUUUCUUAUUUUCCCUAUUAUAAUUAUAUAUAUAUAUUUUAAAGACACACGUCGGUGGUUUGACCUUGGACAGGAACAGAAAAAUCAAUAAGGAUGGCGUCAUUGGGGAGUCUGAGACCAAUGUUGACAUCACUUCUGCAAGUGUCUCAGUCUGUCUCCCAAUGGUCCGGACCUGUCCUCUCCAGAACUAUGGCUACUCUGAAUCAGAUGCAUCGCCGGGGAAAGCCGUCCCCCCCUCCCCCGAGUGUCAGCGCCAUGUUCGGCCGCCCCCAGCUGAAGGCAGUGAUCCUGAAGACAAUGAUCCGGAAACCCAAGAAGCCAAACUCGGCCAACCGUAAAUGUGCCAGAGUCCGCCUGAGUAACGGCAAGGAGGCAGUGGUCUUCAUCCCUGGGGAGGGACACAACCUUCAAGAGCACAAUGUAGUGCUGGUGCAGGGGGGCAGGACACAGGACCUGCCAGGAGUCAAGCUGACUGUGGUCAGGGGAAAAUAUGACUGCGCUCAUGUUGUGAAGAAGAAAAAUAACUGAGAGGGAUAGGGAAUGUUUUUUGUUGUAUAUUUGUAAUAAAUGUCUUAGUUCAAAGUUG